CCUAUCUAUUUUGACAGGUGUGAUGACAAAUGUGUUCUGGUGGAUCACAGGUGAAAGCUAGCUUUACCUGUGGCGCGCUGGGCAGACAAAAUACUAUCGUUCGUGGGCUCUACCGGUGUGCAGGGGACUCUCCAAGACCAGUGUCGGCAUGAUGUUAUAAGGAAUAUUAACAUAGUUCCUUCAAUACCCAAAGUUUUUUGCACAAAACCCUGUUGUAGAAACUUUUAUGAGGAAUUACUUUGAGGGAAUAUAUAUCCAUAUUACUUCAAGAUCAUGCCGUCACUAAUGUCUAUGUUGAACGCUGUGAUUGUGUUUUUGGCCAUUUUCCCCAUUAGCCGCUUGCAGAUCAGAACACAGACAAAUGCUAACUCACGAUUUGUCCAGUGGAUGAAUGGUUUAUUUUACCUUCCACGAGGAAACGAACUGCGCGUGCGCAAAGAGUACAGGUUACUUUCGGAUGAAGAGCGCAGGAACUACCACCAAGCCAUUUUACUACUAAAAAACGAUAGGACUGUACUGCCCAAUAAAUUUGAUGCCAUUGCUUCACUUCAUCAUAUGAAUACGGCUUCCGGUGCCCAUGGUGGUCCCGGUUUCUUAGGAUGGCACAGAAUUUAUCUCACACUGUUUGAAAACGCCCUUAGAGAAAAGGUCCCCAACGUUACAAUGCCUUACUGGGAUAGCACACUUGAUGCUGAGCUUCCAGACGCAAGAAGAUCCAUAAUGUGGUCCCCGCUAUUUUUAGGCAACGGAAAUGGAGCUGUAGUAACUGGACCUUUCCGGCGAUUUUCUACUCCUUACGGACCUCUCCGUCGUGACAUUGGAGCAGAUCGUAGAUUGAUGACAAAAUCUGACUUAGAGAACGUAUUAAGCCGCCGGUGGAUGUGGGAAAUUACCAAUCCAAGCGCUGAAGACCGGUAUAACCUAGAAUUGUUACAUAAUCACGUCCAUGUCUGGAUAGGAGAGCAAAUGAGUCGCAUAGAAUCUUCUUCAUACGAUCCGGCAUUUUUUGCUCACCACGCUUUCGUAGACUGUAUUUGGGAAGAAUUUCGACAAAGACAGAGGCAAAAUGGAAUAAAUCCAGGUAGAGAUUAUCCAAGAAUCGUAGGGGAUCAAGGUCAUCAACCUCUCGUUUCUAUGGGACUUGGCAGACUUUUAGUGGUUGAUGGAAUUAAUGACAUCUUUACACGAAGAAUAUACAGAUGUCAGAGGAGGCCACAGUGUGUUCCAGGCACGAAUCACUGUGGUUCGCCAUAUAUCAGAUGUAACUGGUCAACAAGGACUUGUUUACCUUUAAUAAUGAGUAACAGACCAUCUAAUGUAGUUGCUCAAGGACCAGUACAGCAACAAUUGCCUUGGUGGGCAAGAUUAAUGCAACGAAACGGGUUGUUUGGUUGAAAAAAUAAAGAAUUUACUUGGUUUAGUUUCUCAUCAGUUGUGCCAAUUUGGGUCAUGGGUUAAAGGGAAUCUAGUGGGCCAAAUGGUCGAAUGUGAAAAGUGGGAAAGAUUCUCAUCAGCUAGGUUGUGGUGCAAAAAUCAGUUCACCUCUAUCAUAAAAAAUGGUGUUGAAAUGAUGAUGCAGAUUGUUUUCAUGGAAGAUAAUUUCAGCUGUCGGGCAUGAAAUAUGUUUUGUAGCCAAAUUGAUUGUUUCCGCUGUUUAACAAACUAAGACACAAAUUACCUUUUAAAACUUUUCCCUAAACAUCUUCUCGAUAACAGAAAAAAACGAUUAUUCUAUAAACAGUGCUGAGUUUAUUACUACAGUAAAGAAAUAUCCAUAUACCAUACGAAACUCCUUUCUCAUUUCGUGUGAAUUGUACGUGUCUUUUUUUUUUCAUUACGUCGAUCCAUGUCCCAUUUAGAUGAAAAGAGCUUGAAUUUUAGAUAUCUCAGUGUAAAUGUGAUUCUGUGAGUGUAAUAUGUGUUUAGAUAUUCAGUCAUUUUAGUUUAUGUCCCUACUAUUUCUCCCAAAUAAUCAAUUCAAGCCAUGAAUAAGUCUUCCCUUAUGAUGAUGUGUAAAUAAUAUGAUUUUUAAUGAUACGUUUGUCAAUCAAAAGAAAUUUUGGUUGUUUUCUUGAGUUGUUUACUGAUAAUAUGUUGUUGCAGUCUGUUGACGUGUUAUCACUAUUUAUUUGCAAUUAAAAUGUUUUAUCAUUGUUA